AUGAACCUCCAUGGCGUCGCUACAGCCCUCUUACUUGUCGCACCGACAUUACUCGCCACAGCCUAUCCCAAUGACACUUCGUCGGCGUUGAUGCAAGAUCCCUUCCUUGAUUUGGUCGAUGGGUGCCCACCAUGUCCUAGAUGCUUCGAUUGCCACUACGACGAGUUCAAGUGCCUGCAGUUUGCGAGCUGCAGUAAUGCUAAUGGGAAAUGUGUCUGUCCUCCUGGAUUUGGAGGUGACGACUGCGCGGAGCCAUUGUGUGGCUCCUUGUCUGAUGGCAAGAAUAGAUCACCAAGAAGAGGCGAUAAAUGCGAUUGCAAAGACGGCUGGGAGGGCAUCAACUGCAACGUGUGCACGUCCAACGAAGCAUGCAAUGCACUGAUGCCCCUGGGCCAGGGUGGUGUCUGUUAUCAAAAGGGCGCUUUGGUCCACGAAAACUACCAGGUGUGCAAUGUCACGAACAAGGCGAUCCUGGACCAGAUCGACCCUCGGAUACCAGAGGUUACCUUUUCCUGCAACGCCGAAGAAGCUACCUGCAACUUCCAAUUUUGGGUCGAUCACAAAGAGUCGUUCUACUGUGCCCUCGACAAUUGCACCUGGACAUAUCAGGAUACGAACGUCCGCAAUACCACGAAAUAUCAAUGCGAAAACAUCAAGUGCUCUUGCAUACCGGACCGGUUCUUGUGCGGUGAAGAUGGCUCUGUCAACAUCGACGAGUUCCUGGAGCAAGAGAUCAAAGGCCCAGCUUCGUUUUACUCACAGCACACCUAUGGCGGUAGCUCUAAGGACGGCAGUAGGUUCGAGGAACCGGCGAUGAACAACCUGAUAUCUAUGAUAUUCGGCGACGAGUAUAUCUCGCUGCAAUGUCGUGCAGGGGAAUGUCUCUAUGAGACGGAUGUGCCGGGGUAUACGAGACCAAUUAAAGAGAUCAAUACACCUUUGAUAGCUGGAAUCAUCGCUGGCUGUGCCCUGCUCAUUGUUGCCAUCACACUCAUCUCGUGGUAUCUUUCGAGAAGGGCGGCACUCAAGCGGUGGGGGGCAAUUCGACUGGGUGAAGGGGGUGAAAAUGACCCCUCGCUAUCAAUGAUCAACCACACCCCGAUGGCUUUGCAAUUUGAGAACGUAUCUUACGGUCUAAAGGGAAAAGAAAUCCUCUCGGGCAUCUCCGGCAUUGCCCACCCGGGCCAGAUCACGGCCAUCAUGGGUGCUUCGGGCGCAGGCAAGUCUACAUUUCUCGAUAUUCUCGCUCGCAAGAACAAGCGUGGAACCGUUCUGGGCCAUAUGUAUGUCAACGGCGAGAAGAUUCUUGAUGGGGAAUACCGGAAUGUGGUGGGCUACGUCGACCAGGAGGACACUCUUCUGCCAACUCUGACUGUUCAUGAAACUAUUCUCACCAGCGCACUCCUGAGACUGCCGGCCGAUAUGGGCGUUUCUGUCAAGGAGCAGCGAGUCAUCGAAGUCAUGCAGCAACUCGGAAUCUACCACAUCAAAGACCAAGUGAUUGGCUCAGAGGAAGGAAACGGUCGAGGCAUUUCCGGUGGUGAAAAGCGACGCGUUGGUAUCGCUUGCGAGCUUGUGACUAGCCCAAGCAUUCUCUUUCUCGACGAGCCAACUAGUGGGCUGGAUGCGUUCAAUGCUUUUAAUGUAGUUGAAUGUCUGGUCACACUGGCCAAGACAUACAACCGGACUGUCAUCUUCACCAUUCACCAACCUCGCUCGAACAUUGUCGCACUAUUCGACCAGCUCAUCCUUCUUGCCAAAGGGCAGACCGUCUAUUCCGGCCCCUUUUCAAGUUGUCAAUCAUACUUUGAUCACAUUGGCUACUCCUGCCCGCCGGGUUUCAACAUUGCAGACUAUCUAGUGGAUCUGACCAUGCACGCCAGUCUUCCACGUUCGCCUAUAUUUGAGGAUGUUCCGAAAGAUUUGCUCGACCGAGACGGUCCCGGGACAGAGUCAAGCAGUACGCGCGCCGUCAAAUCCAUUGCAAGCGUUUCAAACGUGAGCGUAGAGAGCCCACGUGAGGCCCCGACGCGAGGAAAACCGAAAAGGAGAAUUUCCCUUAAGCAAAAGCAGGACCGACAAUUGUUCACUCGAAAGAAGACUACUGGGAGUGAGACUCCGCCAACACCAAAGACCGAUGAUGAGGACACCGUGAUGGGAAGAGCAACUGGCAGCAUGCGGAGCUGGUUACAAAUGUCGAGGAGAGAUGGCUCGAACCCCCCACCCCUUCUGGAAGAUCCUGACGACAUACCACCAGACGCGAACACUGAUCUAGACAUUUUGGUGACCAGUUUCAAGAACUCCGAUGUGGCCCAGACGAUUCACGAUGAAAUUACAGCCUCCAUUCAAGCCGCAUCUGCGGCAAACGGCCAUGGCGGGGGAGAAGCUGUAACUGAAGCUGUUACAGGCUCGAUUAAAGGUUUCCGGCGAGUCAGCCUUCCACGACAGUUUUUGAUCUUGUCUAGGCGGACCUGGAGGAAUCUGUAUCGCAACCCGAUUCUGAUGUUGACUCAUUAUGCUGUUGCUAUUUUGCUGGCAGUAUUGUCAGGAUGGCUCUUUUACGGGGUUACGGACGACAUUGGCGGAUUCCAAAAUCGACUCGGGCUCUUCUUCUUCCUAUUGGCACUGUUCGGCUUCAGCGCGUUGACCAGCUUGAACGUCUUCAGUGCAGAGCGGCUGAUCUUUGUCCGAGAACGCGCCAACGGAUAUUACUCCCCCAUUACUUACUAUGCUGCGAAACUCCUGUUCGACAUUGUGCCACUUCGACUUAUCCCACCUAUCAUCAUGGGCGUCAUCAUCUAUCCAAUGUCUGGGCUGCUCCCGAAAUGGGGGGUUUUCUUUACCUUUAUGCUAAUAUUGGUUCUGUUCAACUUGGCAGCAGCAGCCAUCUGCUUGACGAUUGGUAUCGUGUUUAAAGAUCCUGCCGUCGCCAAUCUGAUUGGUAGCUUGGUGAUGUUGUUCAGCUUAUUGUUUGCUGGCUUACUCCUCAAUCUCAACCACGAUACUAUUCAAAAAGCAGCCCAAUGGCUGCAAAUGUUAUCCAUCUUCCAUUACGGAUAUGAGGCUCUCAUCGUGAACGAGGUGGCCAAGCUGCGCCUCAAAGAUCACCGAUAUGGCCUUGAUAUCGAGGUGCCAGGAGCCAGCAUUCUCAGCGCCUUCGGAUUCGACAAUCUGGCAUUGUGGAACGAUGUCAUUGGCCUGGGUGUCUUUGCAGGAGCAUUCAUCAUCAUCGCAUACGGUGCUAUGCAUUUCCUGCUUGUCGAAAAGAGAUAA